GUGCAUAAUUGCACUUGCGCACUAAGAAUUUCUUAUCGUCCAAUGAAGAACGAGUUUAUAAAAGUGCGGUUAUGUUUAAAAUUGGUUGUGAAGAAUUCGAUUUAUAAUAAUGCCUGAAGAAGAUAAAGUCAUUCCAGUAAAAGUGGCCCUUCGUUGCCGACCUCUUAUUAAUAAAGAAAUUCUUGAAGGAUGUCAGUCAUGUAUUCGAUUUAUUCCAAAUGAACCCCAAGUUGUCAUCGGAGUGGAUAAAGCUUUUACUUAUGAUUAUGUUUUUUCACCAGAAGUCUCACAGCAACAUGUAUAUGAUAAAUCUGUAUCAGUAUUAAUAGAUAAAUUAUUUAAAGGUUAUAAUGUUACUGUUCUGGCUUAUGGGCAAACUGGUUCAGGGAAAACAUACACAAUGGGUACAAGUUCUGCAUUGGAAAGUGAAGAAAAUGUAGGAAUUAUUCCACGUGCUGUUAAAGAUAUUUUUAAUACCAUCAAUAAAACCACUGAUGCUAAAUGCAGUGUAAAAAUUUCAUUUUUAGAGAUUUACAAAGAAGAAAUUUUUGAUCUGUUAAAUAAUAACAAAGAUAAAGAUAGUAUAACUGUUAGGGAAAAUUUUGAUGGUAGCAUAAGAAUUGUAGGUUUAACUGAAACAAUAGCAUCUUCAUUGGAAGAAACAAUGCAACUAUUAGAAACAGGAACAUUAACUAGAACUACAGCAGCUACUGCUAUGAAUUUUAAUUCAUCUAGGUCCCAUGCUAUAUUUACAAUAACUUUAGAACAGUGUAAUAAUGAUACAGAUGAUAUUAUUUAUGCUAAAUUUCAUUUUGUUGAUCUGGCUGGUUCUGAGAGAGCCAAGAAGACAGGUGCUCAAGGAGAGAGACUAAAAGAAGGAAUCAAUAUUAACAGAGGCUUAUUAGCUCUUGGAAAUGUUAUCAGCUCCCUUUGCAAUGAAAGCUCUCAUAUCCCUUAUAGAGAUUCAAAGUUAACAAGAUUAUUGCAAGAUUCUCUUGGUGGUAAUAGCCAUACUAUCAUGAUAGCAUGUGUAAGUCCAGCUGAUUUCAAUUUAGAUGAAACAGUUAAUACAUUGAGAUAUGCUGAUCGAGCACGAAAAAUAAAAAAUAAACCAAUUAUUAAUAUAGAUUCUCAUGGUGCCGAAAUAGCUCAUCUAAAACAAUUGGUUCAACAGCUCCAGUUACAAUUAUUACAAGCCAAUACAGCCAAUGGAAUAGAUUGUUUAGAAGAGUCUUCUAAAAAGAAAAACUUCAGAAUUCUGUUAGAUCAGAACAAGAAAUUGGAAGAAGAAAAUAGACGAUUAGCAAAAGAAUUACAAAGUGCAUUAGAUCAAACUACCGUACUUUGUGAAAAAGCUUUAUUGGCUGAAAUGACUAAAGAUAAACUACUUCAAAGAUUAGAAGAAAUAAAAGAUAAAAUAAGAAUGAUAAUUAAUUCACUCAAUGAAGCUUUUGAAAAUAAUCCAGAAUUACAAGAAAAAUUAGAACUUAUUAAAGAACUUCAAGACAGAAUCGUCAAUCUACAAAAUGUAGUACAGUCUUUAAUCUCUUUGGCAUCAACUGAACCAGUUUUGCAAAUGAUAAUUAAUUCACUCAAUGAAGCUUUUGAAAAUAAUCCAGAAUUACAAGAAAAAUUAGAACUUAUUAAAGAACUUCAAGACAGAAUCGUCAAUCUACAAAUUGAACAAACAACAAAAUGUGACUUUUCACUUUUCUCUCCAACAAAUAAAGAGAAACAAGAUAUGGAUACAGAAAAAGAUGAUGAUGAUGAUGAUGAUAAAGUUGAACAAGAGCAAAAUGAUGAUAAUGCAGAGGAAAAUGAAUAUCAGUUGCAAUCAACUUUAAGACAAGCAGCUAUGAAUAGAGAGCUUCAAGAAUUAGAACAUGCCCUUGCUUUAAAAGAAGAUCUUGCUUUCCGCAUGAAAGAAAAUGAUUCACAAAUGGCUGUAAUGAGACUGCAGUACGAAGCCUGUUUGAAAGAAUUGGAGGAAGAAGUCAGUAAAUUGCAAAAAGAAAAAGAACUACUCUCUAAUCAAUUGAAAGUUGUCCACACAAAUAAUAAUACAAGCAAAAUUAGUGAACAGCGUCGCAAAAGAUUGCAAGAAUUAGAAGUUCAGAUCAGUCAAUUAAAGAAAGAAAUGACAGAAAAAGCUCGUAUGCUGAAAAUGAAAGAAGAAGCGGAUAGAAAAGUAAAAGUUCUUCAACAAGAAAUUCAAGAAAUGAAACAAGCUCGUGUUAGAUUAUUGAAACAGAUGAAAGAAGAAGCAGAAAAAUUCAGACAAUGGAAAUUAGAAAAAGACAGAGAAUUAGCACGUUUAAGACAACAAGACAGAAAACGACAAUAUGAAUUAGUAAAAAUGGAAAAGAUUUACACCAAACAAAAAAAUGUGUUGAAAAGAAAAAUGGAAGAAGCUGUAGCUGCUAAUAAAAAACUACAAAUGGCAAUGCAACAACAACGUGCAAUUUCAGAACGUAGAGAGAGAGAAAAAGAUCAAACAUUACAAGGAAUGGGUAAUCGCAUUCGGCAAUGGUUACAACAAGAAUUAGAUUUGGUUGUUAGUAGUAAAGAAGCAGAUCAUCAUUUACAAAAUCUUCUUGAAGAUAGAAAAUCAAUCUCAGAACAACUAAAUAAUUUAAAAAAUCAAGUUCAACAAAUGAAACAGCAGAAAACAAAUGAUGAUCCUGAUGUAAUAAAUCAACAACAACAAAUAAAUCAAUUGCAGCAAGACUUACAUUUACGUAAUGCUCAGAUUGCUGAUUUGCAACAGAGAAUACUGGAUGUUGAUCAAGAUGAAAAAGCAAAACAUAGAUGGGAGAAUAUGAAUACCAUGGUAGAAACUAAAUGUGCAUUAAAAUGGUUAUUUGAAAAUGCAGUUGCUGCAAAAAUUGACAUGUUUUUAUCAGAAAGGAAAUGUAAAGAAUUUCAAAAUACUUUAGAGGAUAUAACAAAAAUUAAUGAAGAACAGAAAGAAGAAAUUGAGAAAAUGAAAAAGAAACAUCAAGAAGAAUUAGUUUCUCAAGCAAGAGAACAUGAAGAUAAGACGUUAUAUUUGUUAAAACAAAUGCAACAUUCAUCUAAUUCAAACCUAACCACUAGUCAUUCCGAUGUUGAGUCUUCACUUAUUGAAAGAAUUAAAUUUCAAGAAAGUGAAAUUACUAGGUUGAGUUAUCUAUAUGAUGAACUUCAACAGAAAUCAAAUGAAUGUGAAGCAUUGAAAAAAAAAUUAUUAGUGUCAAAAUACAAAGGGUCUAGAACUUCACUUUUGCCAGAAGUUUUUCCUAAGGAAUCGGAUGCUGCAAAGGUAUCCAUGAAUCAAGUUAUUAAACUUAAUAGUCCAAUAAAUGGUGUCCGAAUCCAUAACACCAAUGAAUGUAUCCCAUAUCAAAUUAGUGAACAGCGUCGCAAAAGAUUGCAAGAAUUAGAAGUUCAGAUCAGUCAAUUAAAGAAAGAAAUGACAGAAAAAGCUCGUAUGCUGAAAAUGAAAGAAGAAGCGGAUAGAAAAGUAAAAGUUCUUCAACAAGAAAUUCAAGAAAUGAAACAAGCUCGUGUUAGAUUAUUGAAACAGAUGAAAGAAGAAGCAGAAAAAUUCAGACAAUGGAAAUUAGAAAAAGACAGAGAAUUAGCACGUUUAAGACAACAAGACAGAAAACGACAAUAUGAAUUAGUAAAAAUGGAAAAGAUUUACACCAAACAAAAAAAUGUGUUGAAAAGAAAAAUGGAAGAAGCUGUAGCUGCUAAUAAAAAACUACAAAUGGCAAUGCAACAACAACGUGCAAUUUCAGAACGUAGAGAGAGAGAAAAAGAUCAAACAUUACAAGGAAUGGGUAAUCGCAUUCGGCAAUGGUUACAACAAGAAUUAGAUUUGGUUGUUAGUAGUAAAGAAGCAGAUCAUCAUUUACAAAAUCUUCUUGAAGAUAGAAAAUCAAUCUCAGAACAACUAAAUAAUUUAAAAAAUCAAGUUCAACAAAUGAAACAGCAGAAAACAAAUGAUGAUCCUGAUGUAAUAAAUCAACAACAACAAAUAAAUCAAUUGCAGCAAGACUUACAUUUACGUAAUGCUCAGAUUGCUGAUUUGCAACAGAGAAUACUGGAUGUUGAUCAAGAUGAAAAAGCAAAACAUAGAUGGGAGAAUAUGAAUACCAUGGUAGAAACUAAAUGUGCAUUAAAAUGGUUAUUUGAAAAUGCAGUUGCUGCAAAAAUUGACAUGUUUUUAUCAGAAAGGAAAUGUAAAGAAUUUCAAAAUACUUUAGAGGAUAUAACAAAAAUUAAUGAAGAACAGAAAGAAGAAAUUGAGAAAAUGAAAAAGAAACAUCAAGAAGAAUUAGUUUCUCAAGCAAGAGAACAUGAAGAUAAGACGUUAUAUUUGUUAAAACAAAUGCAACAUUCAUCUAAUUCAAACCUAACCACUAGUCAUUCCGAUGUUGAGUCUUCACUUAUUGAAAGAAUUAAAUUUCAAGAAAGUGAAAUUACUAGGUUGAGUUAUCUGUAUGAUGAACUUCAACAGAAAUCAAAUGAAUGUGAAGCAUUGAAAAAAAAAUUAUUAGUGUCAAAAUACAAAGGGUCUAGAACUUCACUUUUGCCAGAAGUUUUUCCUAAGGAAUCGGAUGCUGCAAAGAAAAAAGUAGAGAAUGUAAUAAUAGAAUCUUCUGAACCUGAAAGUGAACAUGAUGAAAAUGAUGAUGAUCCUGAUUGGAUACGUACUCCAUAUUUUAAAAGAAUUCAAAAGAAAAGAAAAUGUAAUUGCAAUGGUAAAUGUCGAAGCAAAAUAUGUGGCUGCAGACGAAAUAAUCAAAUUUGUACUCAAAAUUGUAAAUGCGAUAAAGAGAACUGCACAAACCGCAGCGAAUCCUCUUCCCCAGUAUCUCAGGAAAGUGGAGGAGAAACAAUGCUAAAUACAACAUUCAAUGUUAAUUCAUCAGGAGAACAAAAUGCAGCACAAGAUAAAAGUUCCAAAUCUACAAAGGAUACCUUUGUUCAACCAUUCCAAUUGUCUCCAACCGAAGAAAAUGAAUCAAAAAGCAUUUUAGGAAAUGAUGAAAAUAUACUGGAAACAGAAGGAAUCGUGAAGAAGAAACGUAGAAAACACAACACUACUUUUUUUAAUCCACUGUUUUAGUAAGGAAAUUUAACUAAUAUGGGUUUAAUGGAAGAUUUUAUGUAAUUGUAUAUAAUAUUACUGAUUUGAAUCCCACGGUGGUUAGUGUUUUUUUUUUUUUUAAGGAAAAGCUUUAAUUAAAUGAUUAUAUCCUAGUUUUUUUAAAAAAAAAUCUAAUUUGUCAUGUCUUUUUGUUUUUAAUGUUGUUUUUGUUUGAAGGAUAUAAUUGUUUGACAUUCAAAUUUUAAGAGAAAUUGUCCCUUUUGAUAAAUU